AAGGAGAAAAGAAUCAUGUUGGAAAACAUCACCCAUUUUGCCAUUUGGAUGGUGGUGGGUUUUGUUGCUAGUUUGACCAUAUUUUGCAAUCUCUACAUCCUCCUGAUGAACCUGGGCUCGUAUCACAAGAACCAUCACUUCCAGCCUUGUGAGAUCAUCAUCACUGUCCUCUCAGUGAUAAACAUCGUCUACCAGAUCCUUACCUAUCUCUGGAUGACAAUGGAUCUGUUCAAUGUUUCCUGCCUCAUUGAUUGCCUCUUCAACACACUUAUUAUGCUGUUAAUCAACAGUUUGAGAUGCACACUUGUGUGGACCACUGCUUUCUUGUCUUUCUUCUAUAGCACCAAACUGGUGAUCGAACCCAUCCACUGCUAUACCAAGAUCCAGGAAGGCAUCCUGAAGCACGCGCCCACUGUUCUUCUGGUCAUCGUGUUCUUUAGCUUCGCCAGCUGCCUCCCUGCCAUCUUGGUAUUGUCCCGCAACAACCAAACAGGUUCAUAUGAUGGUAGUACUAUGAUCUCCAACGAGACCCCUGGAUUAAUCUAUGUGGGGUUCUACAUCACCAUUUCUGAUAUCAUCCCUGGCUUGAUCAUGCUGAAGUCCAGCAUUUCCAUUACAGUUCACUUGGCUAUCCAUCUGUAUCAUAUGAAGGCCAACACAAACGGCUUCCAUGGGCCCAAGCUGGGCUCUGAGAUGAGGGUUAUACGGAUGAUACUGGCCCUAGUACUAAUCUACUUAUGCUUUCUCAUAGCUGAUUUGGUUGUGCUCUACAGAAGCACCAUCAAUAGGGACAACAUGUCUUACAUUACUGGCCUGGUUUCAUCCAUCUACACCUCCACUAGCUCUUUCAUUCUCAUCUACGGCAAGAAGGCCCACUGGAAGGAGCUCAUCCACAUAUACAACCAGUUUGUGGAUGAAUACCCUUGUAUUCGCUGCAUGAAGUGCCCAGAGAAGAAGGUGUCUCCACCACACUAAAAUGCACAUAAUUUUGCCUUAGCACAGUAUGACAAUUUAGACAUCCAUAAAAUAAAUCAAUCCCAGUGAUUAUAAAUGUAAUAAAACAAGAAAAUAUUAAAUUUUUAUUAGUUUUAACUAGGGUGUAAUCUGCUCCCCCUACCCUCUGUUUCUAUUUUGGUAUAUGAGAAGAUUUAUUUUUUAAAAUUGUGUUUACAAAAGUAAUUACAGAUUCUCAAAUUCUGAUCAGCACUUUCAAAAGCUUAUCACAAGAACAUUAAAAUCGGUUUUGUAAAUAGUGAGGUCCAACAUCAAAAAUGAAAAACCCCCUCUUAACCCCUUCUCUGCUGCCUAACAUACCUGGCACAUCCUAAAAAUGCUCACUAAGUGCUACUUAAUUAAAUUAAAAACGUGCUUUUUAAAAAUAAAGCUGGAUUGCUAUUAUUUCAUUGGGAUCGAUAGAGAAGUUUUUACAAAUCUUGUUUGGCUGGUGGUUCCAAUUUGAUUAUGUUCGUGAGAUAAGGGUAGUGCUGGCUACGGCUGUGAUACAGCCAGAGUGAAUCUAAAACAAUCUGCAUGUAACUUGUUUCUCUACAAUGAGUUUUCUUUUGAUUAGGAGUCGUGCUAAUGUCUCGCAUUUCAUAAAAUUAGCUUUGAAGUGACAUCUGAUUAUUUUCAGCAUUUUGUUUUGUUGAUGUGACAGUACAAGACAAUGACAUUUAAUAGAGAAAAGUGUAAGAUAUUGCA